ACGCUACAAAAGCGUAAAGUCGCAUGAGUUUUAGCGUGCGCUCGGUGCGUGUGACGCCACCCGGUGCGUGCGAGCUGCAGCAAUGUGCGAUUGGCGACGGUUGCCGCCGACGCUGCUGCGAAUCUGCAGCCGGGGCGGCCGCUGGUGGAGGCAGACGUUCCGGCCGACGCCGCUCACGGAUGAAGAUGUGGAGACGACUUCGGGCAUCACGGAGGAAGUGGAAGGAGGUCUAGUGGAGCACCGAAUUAUAUUUGUGAACCGUCCACAACCAAGCAAAUACUGCAGUAAUCACAUCUCCACUGCCAAAUACAACAUGCUCUCUUUUGUACCAAGCUUCCUUUUUGAGCAGUUUCGGCGUUACUCCAACAUCUUUUUUCUGUUCAUCGCACUGUUGCAGCAAAUUCCUGAUGUGUCUCCUACUGGACGGUAUACCACAUUGGUGCCUCUAGUGUUCAUCCUUAGUGUAUCAGCUAUAAAGGAGAUUAUUGAAGAUGUUAAAAGGCAUCAUGCAGACAAUGAAAUCAAUCAUCGUGAUGUUGAAGUGUUAAGAGAUGGUCACUGGCUUUGGAUACAGUGGCGAAAUGUAGUGGUGGGAGAUAUUGUUAAAGUGCACAACAAUCAGUUUUUUCCAGCAGACCUCAUUAUCCUAUCAUCAAGUGAACCACAAGCAAUUUGCUACAUUGAAACUUCAAACCUGGAUGGAGAAACUAACUUGAAAAUCAGACAGGCACUGCCUGACACAGCGCACCUUUUGGAAACAAAAGAUUUGACACAAUUCACUGGAACACUGGAAUGUGAGCUCCCAAAUCGUCAUUUAUACGAGUUCACAGGAAUCUUGAAAGAAACAAACAAACAGACAUUACCACUGGGACCUGACCAGCUUUUACUUAGAGGUGCAAUGCUGCGCAAUACCAGCUGGAUAUUUGGCCUUGUGGUAUAUACUGGUCAUGAGACCAAACUCAUGAAGAAUUCUACCUCAGCUCCACUGAAACGUUCUACAGUUGAUAAGCUUACAAACACACAGAUACUGAUGUUGUUCUUCAUACUUAUUGUUCUGUGUCUGCUAUCUGCUAUAUUUAAUGAAAUAUGGACUAAGGAACAUGCAAGAACAGACUGGUAUAUUGGUAUUGAUGAAAUGAUUAACCUCAACUUCGGGUAUAAUCUUCUGACAUUCAUAAUAUUGUACAACAACCUGAUACCAAUAUCCUUACAAGUUUCUCUUGAGGUUGUUCGUUUUGUACAGGCUAUUUUUAUUAAUAUGGAUAUUGAUAUGUACCAUGAAGAAAGUGAUACACCAGCUAUGGCAAGGACAUCAAAUCUGAAUGAAGAGCUAGGACAGGUGAAGUAUAUAUUCUCAGAUAAGACUGGCACACUUACAAGAAAUAUAAUGGAUUUCAAGAAGUGCUCCAUAGCUGAACAAAUUUAUACUUUAGCAGAUAAUCCAAAUGACACACAGUUAGUGAAGAAUUUGCAGUCUGGUCAUCCUUCAGCUCUCUACCUUAGAGAAUUCCUUAUUCUUAUGUCCGUUUGUCAUACAGUCAUUCCAGAGAGGAGUAAGGAUACAAUUAUAUAUAAUGCUGCCUCACCAGAUGAGAGGGCUCUUGUUCGUGGUGCCUGCCUUUUUGGCUAUGUUUUUGACACUAGGACACCACAUCAUGUAGAAAUAAGUGCUUUGGGAACAAGAGAGCGAUAUGAAAUUCUGAAUGUCUUGGAAUUUACAAGCAGUAGGAAAAGAAUGUCAGUCAUUACACGGAAUUCAGCUGGUGAAAUAAAGUUAUAUUGUAAAGGUGCAGACACUGUGAUAUAUGAAAGGUUAUCUCCAGAUGGGCAACAGUUCCGUGAGGCAACUCUCAGACACCUGGAAGAAUUUGCUACUGAAGGGCUUAGAACAUUGUGUUGCGCAGUUGCCAACAUAUCAGAAGAGGCCUAUGAGGAAUGGAAAAACACUUACCAUAAAGCAAGCACUUCAAUGCAGUAUCGGGAGAGGAAAUUAGAAGAUGCAGCAAAUUUAAUAGAAAAUAACCUAACACUUCUGGGAGCAACUGCUAUAGAAGACAAAUUACAAGAUCAGGUGCCUGAAACAAUAGCAGCCCUCAUUAAAGCUGAUAUACGUGUUUGGGUAUUGACGGGGGAUAAACAAGAAACUGCUAUUAAUAUUGGCUAUUCAUGUAAGCUAAUAGUUCAUGGAACACCACUACUGAUACUGAAUGAAGAUAGCCUUGAUAGUACACGAGAAACAAUAGCACGCCAUAGUUCAGAAUUUGGUGACCAGUUGGGCAAAUCAAAUGAUGUUGCUCUUGUUAUUGAUGGGAAAACUCUAAAAUAUGCCCUCAGUUGUGAUGUCAGAAGGGAUUUUCUUGACCUCUGUGUCAGUUGCAAUGUGGUUAUCUGCUGCCGUGUCUCCCCAAUGCAGAAGGCUGAGGUUGUGGAACUUGUUACAUCACAUACGAAAAGUAUUACACUGGCUAUAGGAGAUGGUGCAAAUGAUGUUGCUAUGAUCCAAAAAGCUCAUGUUGGAGUUGGAAUCUCAGGAGUUGAAGGUCUCCAAGCAGCAUGCGCAUCUGAUUAUUCAAUAGCACAGUUUCGAUUUCUUCUGAAGCUGCUUUUUGUUCAUGGAGCAUGGAACUACAAUCGAAUGUGCAAAUUAAUUUUGUACAGCUUUUACAAAAACAUAUGCCUUUACGUAAUUGAACUGUGGUUUGCAAUAUAUUCAGGGUGGUCAGGACAAAUCCUGUUUGAGCGUUGGUCUAUUGGGUUAUACAAUGUGUUGUUCACAGCAGCUCCACCACUUGCACUGGGUCUGUUUGACAAAGUCUGUUCUGCUGAGACGAUGCUGAAGUAUCCUGCUCUGUACAAACCAUCUCAAAAUGCUGAUCUGUUCAAUGUUAGAGUUUUCUGGGUAUGGAUCCUCAAUGCUCUCGUACACUCAGUACUGUUGUACUGGCUACCAUUAUUUGCUCUGCAGAAAGAUGUUAUAUGGGCCAAUGGACGAGAAGGUGGUUAUCUGCUUCUAGGAAAUAUUGUGUAUACGUAUGUCGUAGUGACAGUAUGUUUGAAGGCUGGCUUGGUGACAAAUGCGUGGACGUGGCUCACUCAUCUUGCAAUCUGGGGCUCAAUUGCCAUGUGGUUUAUCUUUGUUGCUGUGUACAGUAAUUUUUGGCCUGUCAUCCCUGUUGGAGCUGUUAUGCUGGGAAUGGAUCGAAUGAUGUGUACUUCACCUGUUUUUUGGCUUGGACUCAUUCUCAUCCCAUUUAGUACACUGAUAGCAGAUGUGUCCUACAAGGUCAUCCAUUCGACAGCAUUUAAAUCACUUACAGAAGCUGCAAGGGAAAGUGAAAUCAGGAAAACAGACCCAGGAAAUGUUAUAAUGAGGGAAACAAGGCACUCACCGUUGCAUGCAAUUGGACAGCUGUCGAGAUUUACGUGGCAUGGCACAGAUGAAGAUCGCAUCACAUCACCACUCUGUUGCUCUCAUCACAGGAACCAAUGCAGAUUCUACACACGACUGACGGAAACAGCAAGGCUCCUGAAGAAUGUGAGAAGUGUAUUUUCAUUCAACCGAUGCUCUGCCACCAGGGUAAAUAUGGAAGUGGAACUCUCUCAUGGCUUUGCAUUUUCUCAAGAAGAAGGUGGUGCUGUCACACAGUCAGAAGUUAUUCGUGCUUACAACACCAACUUACCAAAACCGGGUGGCAUGUAAAAUAUAAGACAUUUUUAUUACAAUCCUGCAUGUGCAAAUGGGAUGACAUUUGGACUAGUUACUGCAGGGUUUAAUUUGCAAACUAUUGCAGCUAUUGUAUUCUGUGAAUGCCGGUAUUAGUAUGCAUCAGAGAUUUCACAAAUGGUGUUUGUGGUGUAUGUCUGUGCGUUUGCUGUACAGUCAAUUUCAUAUUAUGUAAAGUACAUUUUUAGUUUUUAUUUUCAAACCAGUUCAGUGUUUCAUACUGAAUGGAUCUCAGUUGAAGAAAGGAAACAGGGUACAUUAUGCUUUACGUAACUGAUCUGGAAACAUUAUAUUUCUUUAUUAUGAGUAUAUUCAACAAAAUUAAUUAAGUCUUAAGUGAGUACUUACUGUAGAUACCAACAGUAUUCAGCUUUCAAAUAGCUAAAUCAUCAGUGGUAAGUGCAUCACUGUUCAGAUAAAGUAUAAAUCUGACAAUGAGGUCACUAUUUCUAACUGUGACACUAUUUUCACAUUGAGUGUUCUUCCUUCCAUCAUCAGUACCUCCAGUUCUACUGUUCCUUCUGAAAAACGUAUUUUGAUAGAAAAUGGUGUUGCUAAAGUCGAUAUCUGCUUGUCAGAUACAUUACUAAUGUUGUAAGUUGUCACUAUUUCAUUUUCUAUUAAUAAUUUAACCCAGAGAGUCUUAGCAUGUGUGGGGAUUUUUUUUUUUUUUUUUACUAGUCAUUUUUAAUAGUCACCUCCUUUUUUAUAAUACAUGGACAUACAUUUUUGUUACUACAUUUUGACAUCAAAAACCAUCAGUUCAUUGUGAUUUAGAAUAAGUUGUAGACUUUGCCUCAUUCAAUUAUGUUAAAUUAUGUGUAACCAGUAUAAACCUUUAAACAGCGACGAGUUGAAGUUAUAAAUAUUAACUCACUGGUGAAUAACAGUGAAAGCACCAUAUACUCAUUUUCCAGCAAUAGUCAGUCAGAAACAGUGUUAUCAACCUGUUUCACUCACAACAUUAUAGAAUUUCAAACUAUAAUGAGAGUAAAUUUUAAAACAAACUAAGGUUAUCCAAACAUUCUUUUUUCCUAGUACUCGGAAUCAGGAGUUUGUUUCUAUUGGUUUCAUCCAGUAUUGUAAGAGUAAGAAUUUAUGCUGUUUAUAAUACAUAUUAAUUGUGCAUACAGAGGUGUAAUGGUUCUUAUGUGCUUGUAUCAGCCUUUGUAUUUUAUAUAUUCAGGUGUUUUUAAAGUGUUUUGCCAGAUACAAAGUUACUGACAACAAAAAUUUAAAAAAAGCAUUUCCCCUCCCCCCUCUCUGCUACAAAUGCAGUUUUUUAUUUGAAACCGUGUUACUAAUCAAGAAUCAGUAACGUGUGAGUGAAUGUGGCAGCACGUCCAUCGUGAAUGUAGUAAAUAAAUUCAAAGAAAAAUUUUGUUAACUAUACUAUAUAUGAAUGCAUUCUGAAUGUUCAUAUUUUCACUUUCGUAAAUUAUAUUUAAAAUAAAAAGUAAAUUUUGCUAUUUUAAGUGUUUGUGUUGCAGAGUAUAUGCAAUAAUAUCCAAGAAACUAAUAAGCCUGUCACGACAUAUUGCCCAUAACAAGUAUGUUGUCCAGUUCUUGUUUUUUAUCUGUGAAAGUCAUCAUUAUAAAUCUAUGAGUGAAACACUGCACUGUGCAAACACAAUAUACAUUUCAAUGGAGCUACACAAUUUUAUUGGUAAUAUCAUUUUGCAAUUGAAACGAAGAAUCAUCCCAGAUAUACCUAUAAUGGUAAGUGGUACACAAGGACAAUUCACUGUUUCAAAUUUUAUUGUACUUUCCUUAGCAGAACAGAGUGCUGUUAUACUACGUCAAAG